AUGAAAAUCUCCGGCACGGAAAAGUUGGAUGAUAGCAGUGAAGACAGUGAUUUACUUCAGAAGAAUGGCGUCGAAAAUGAAGAAUACAAAAAACUGGAAGAGCAACUGAAUAGAAAACAAAAGAAAAGCGAAACUACGAGGCGAAUUUUAGCGCAGAGUUUUGUUACUAGUGCUGUGAUGCUGAGUUCGGCCAGUUGUGGCAUGCCAGUAGGAUAUUCGGCCAUUCUUUUGCCACAAUUAAAAUUCACCAACGAUUCCAUGCAAAUAGACGAUGAAAUAGGAUCGUGGAUAGCUAGUAUCCAUUCUGCGGCGACCCCAAUAGGUUCGUUACUCAGCGGCGUGCUGAUGGAACGUUGCGGAAGGAAAUUAGCUCUACAAAUUGCAUCGAUUCCUUUGAUAAUCGGAUGGAUGCUCAUCGCAUUUUCUUCGAAUCACGCCGUACUCUUGCUAGGUAGAUUAAUGGCGGGAUUUUCUGCUGGAUUGACUGCCGCAGCCGGACAGGUUUUUGUAAGUGAAAUAUCAGAACCUCAUUUACGUGGGUUAUUUUCCAGUAUACCAUUAGCGAGUUACUCAUUUGGAAUUUUGUUGGUUUACGCUCUGGGUUCGUUGCUUCCUUGGAGAUAUGUAGCAGUAUCUGGUACAGUCCUUCCGAUUGCAUCAUUAAUAGUAUUCUUUUUUCUUCCUGAGAGUCCAGUAUGGUCGGUAAGACAUGGAAAAUUGGAAGAAGCUAAAACCGAUCUGACAUGGUUAAGGGGAGGCAACAAAUCAAAAGCCAAAGAAGAAACCCAACACCUCAUCGACCGACUAGAAUCCGAUUCCUUUUCAGACAACAAAGUUUCCUUUACAACCCUUUUCAAACCGGAAGUAUUGAAACCGCUCAUCAUCAUCAACGUUUUCAACAUAAUGCAAUUGCUAUCGGGAACUUAUCUAAUCGUUUUCUACGCAGUCGAUAUCUUAAAAUACGUACAGGGCGGACAAAAAUUGGACCAUUUCGUUGUAGCUAUUUUAACAGCUUGCGUACGAUUCGUUUUCAGCAUUAUCGGCUGUUUUCUGCUGGCUUUUAUCGGUAGGAGAACUUUGGCAAUGGUGUCCGGUUUAGGAACGGGUAUUUCGGCUAUUUUUCUAGGGACUUUCUUGCACCAGAACUGUCAAGGGCUCAACUACGUCCCGGCCCUUUUCGUGUUGAUCUACGUGGCCACGAAUACUUUAGGGUUUCUGAUUCUUCCCGGGGUUUUAUUAGGUGAACUAUUUCCAGCUAAAAUACGCGGACUUUCGGGUGGAUUGACGUUCAUGGUGUUCAAUUUAAUGUUGUUCGGUGUUUCGAAAGUUUUUCCGUUUGUCAGAAGUGUCGUCGGCAUUUCGGGAGUUUUCUGGAUAUUCGGAGCUUCGUCCCUGAUGGCUUGCCUGUUUUUAUAUUUGGCUCUGCCGGAAACGAAGUCGCGCAGUUUAAGUGAAAUCGAGGAUUAUUUUCAGAGAAAGGGAUUUCUGUGGGUCAGAAGAACCGGAGGAAAAGGGAAAACUGAGACUGAUAGCUUAGAUGCGUAA